CGCAGCGCCGCACAGCACUGUUUGCAGUUGAUAUAAAAGCCACAGACAGCCGCGCUCUGAUCAGUCAAGGCAAGGCUUACUCGGGGGAGAGACUGUUCAUUGAGAGUGGCUCUAAAGGCGUGACUGCUGGCGGUAAGAGCGCGAUCGCAGGUUACGCAGGGGAACACGACUGGAAGAGCGGAAUAAGAUUAGAGUUUAACCAAAGACACCAGAAAUGGGUUCAGCAGUAGAGAAACUAAGGAUAGCAAGCAGUAUCAAGGAUGCAAAGACAGGAAAAUUCUGGGCCGGAGUGUUUGCGGAAUAUAUCGGGAUGAUGAUGUUCCUUUUGAUCGGGAUUGGUUCUAUCCUCUUCAUGGGGGAGUCAUCAUCAGGGCUUCACAUCGCCCUCGGGGUCGGCCUAGCCCUUGCUACCAGUAUCUGGAUCACAGGAAACGUCAGUGGAGGACACUUAAACCCCGCUGUUUCCUUCGCGAUGCUCUUGAUGCGCAAGAUCAGCCUGCUGAAGUUCUUGAUGUACGUUGUGAUGCAGUGUUUCGGCGCCGCGACGGGCGUGGCUAUCCUGCGCGGCCUCACACCUAGUGCGCACUAUGGCACGUUCGGGACGACGACCAUCAAUGAAGAACGAGGCGUGACCGUCGGCCAGGGGUUUGGCACGGAGGUGAUGAUCACGUUCAUGUUGGUGCUGACGGUGUUCGCCUGCUGUGAUGGAAAGAGAAUGGACCUGAAGGGGUCAGCACCUCUCGCCAUUGGUCUUUCGGUCGUGAUUGGACAUCUCUUUGCGCUACAUUCUACCGGUGCGAGUAUGAAUCCAGCCAGAAGUCUCGGCUCGUCUGCUAUCAGUGGCAUUUGGACACAUCACUGGGUUUAUUGGGUUGGACCAUUCCUUGGAGCUGCAGUGGCUGGCCUCCUGUAUGACAUGUUAUUCGCAGCAGACGCCACGCCCCAGAAGACCGCCGCCUGGUUUGCGAAGCUAGACUAUCCGGGCGAAGCUGCGAAACUUGAUACUGACGACCCCCAAGAUGUGGCAGAGAACGGAGGCAAGAUGCGUUAUGAUUCGCAGAUGUAAUAUCCUUAUGGCAUCGGAUCGAAUCGUCAGAAAUGCGCUUCCACGGCUCGAACCCGUCAUAAUCGAGAAGUUUGUAAUGGAGACAUCAGAACAGAAAAACGUGACAGAGCCUGACUGAUUUAACACCCAACGGAGGAGACACUGUAUAGUAUACUUGUGCUCGGUCAUUAAACUGGCAAUGCCAGAGCCCAUGUGAAGCUUGUCUUGUUUUCCAUCGAAACAGCCACCGUCACUGUCUGAGUUUACUGAGAUCCUUUAACAGGUGGCACUGCAGAAGAAGAAGUGAAACGUGUGCCCAAACCGUUGGUACGUUUGAGUACGUUUUGUGAUAAAUCCUAGGACUGCCACCUAUGCGAAACUCUGUAAACUUCAUUAGUGUUGUGUUGGUGUAGCAGUCUUAAAUGUCCCUCCUGGAAAAGGUGUCUCCCAGUUGUAUGGUGACGGAUUAAGGCAUGGUUCAAUAAAGACACAUGAUCGUCAAUACCUCAAAUAAUAGAUCCGCAUCGGACCCACAGCGUUGGCCCCGGGCCGGGACAACCCCAUUCAAGGACACUUAUAACUGUUACACCGGUGUGGUAGAAAACUUUUCCUCCGAUAUAUAGACGGACGGCAGUGUGGUACUGGGGACAUCUUAUUUUGUUUUCGGGAAGGACACCAUUUCAGGUGGAUAUUAAAAAUUCCUACAGCGGCAAUUUGAACCAGCUCGCCUCAGUAAUGCACUGGAUAAAUAGUCUUUGUGGUAACAUUCACUUUUAUUAUGUCAUGAACUUCGAUAAAUAAAUAUUCUAGUUUCA